UAUCAUGCAGAAAUUGCUUGUCUAAAUUACAUGUAUACAAGAAAACUACUACACGUUUCGACCAAAGGUCAUUUUAGUCAGCAAACACGGAAACCAUGAAGUAAUUGUAUAGUCUAAACUACAUGUAUAUACAAGAAAACUGCUACACGUUUCGACCAAAGGGCAUUUUAGUCAACUUUUUCUCAAUGCCUGGCACGAAGAUUACAGAUGAGGAUCGAAAGAAUAUUGCUUGGAAAUUCAUUUGCACCUGUUGUAAUUUGCUGCUGUCAACACCGAUGCAGACUCACUGCGGUCACUUGAUGUGUGCUUCAUGUGUUGAUGCCUUGAUAGAGAGCUUAAACCCAAGAUGUCCUGAUGAUGGAACAGAAUUGAAAAAGGAACAAGUAUUUCCUGACGCGUUCACUCAACGUGAGCUGCGAGCACUGUCCUUACAUUGUUCUAAUCCUGGCUGUUCUUGGUAUGGCACAUACGUUGAACUAGAGGGUCAUUUCCAAGUGUGUGAACAUGCUCAGAUCAACUGUGUUUAUGCCCAAUGUAAGAUAAAGUUUCAACGCUCUUAUUUGGGUGAACAUUUGAAAAAGGAAUGUGAAUAUCGCAACGUGAAAUGUGAAUAUUGCCACAAAGACAUUGCGUUUGCUUCUCUUAAGGAUCAUGUUGGUACGAGUUGUGAAGGAGCGCCCGUGAUUUGCAAGUUCUGCAAGCAAACGUUUUUGAGAAGAGACAUUGAAAGACACGAACAAGUUGGGUGUGAAGAGGUUCCAGGGCAAUGCGAAUUUCAGGCCGUAGGUUGUAAUCGUGACAAGACUUUGAAACGAAGGGAAUUACGCCAGCAUUUGAAUGAUGGUUUGAUUGAUCAUGUCCGUCUCUUGCUUCAGUUUUUUCUCAACAAGGUUUCCCAACUAGGAAGUUAUGUCCCACGACCAGAGUUUUCAGGAAUCAUUCAAAAAAUACGCGAUGAUAUUGCUGAAGUUCGGUCAGGUUUGGCUGAAAAGUUUGUCAUGUUGGUCGGAAAGUUGACUGGGUUGGAGAGACGUAUUGAAGGUUUGGAGUCGGGUGGUGGUGGCCAUGCGCGAAGGAGCGAUGAAAUCCUUGAGCUGAAGGCUAGUAUUCAGAACAAGACUACUGAAAUCAACAGCUUACGUGAAAAAAUUCGAAGUUUGGAACGAGAAUUGAGAGAAAUAGAUCCACAAAUUGUGAGGAUGCGAAGCAGAAUGGAUCAAAAUGAGGAGUCGCUUGCCCUCAAUACAGUGAAAAUCGCCGAUCUGGAGUCACAAAGAGGACCUCGUGCACAGCAGAUGAUCCAUAGCUACAAUGGUACUUUAUUGUGGAAGAUUGACGGCUACCAGCGAAAGCGUCAGGAUGCUAUCAAUGGAAUAAAGACGGCCUUGUAUAGUCCACACUUCUACAGCGCUCAGUAUGGUUAUAAAUUGUGUGCAAAGAUUUACAUGAACGGAGAUGGAUUUGGAAAGGGAUCGCACUUGUCGCUGUUUUUUGUUGUCUUGAAGGGUGAUUAUGAUUCUCUUCAAACCUGGCCAUUCCAGAAGAAGAUUACAAUGAUGCUCUUAGAUCAAGGUAACGGUGAUCACAUGGUAGAUGCGUUUCAUUCUGAUCCUCAAAGUUCUUCUUUCCAACGCCCAAAGUCUGAUAUGAAUAUAGCCAGUGGCUCACCACUGUUUAUGCCAAUUGAUAGUUUAAAUAAUCGUCAGUAUAUCAAAGAAGAUGUCAUGUUCAUUAAGAUUAUCGUGGAUUAAGAACUAUGAAAUCGAAAGCUAUCGGUAAACUCGUUUUGAAGUGUGAGGAUGGCUGGAAGUUCUGGGAUUUACCAUUGAAAAAGCCGUAAUUGUCCCGUGAGCAUUUUAGGUUCUCUUCUACUUUUCACUUCCUUUCACUUUCACUUUUAUUAGGUCAUUUAACUUCCUAUUUUAUCUUCUUUUUGUUUAUCUUAUGAGUUCCAAUUACUCAUUUUGCCGUAUUUCUAAUGUGUUCUUGUCAUUUUCCAAAUGCAUGUGGAAUUUUUACAUCCCCAUGCACAUGGUGACCUUGGUUCUGCGUCUUGGUUUAAGUUGAUGAUGUUUCUUUUCAGAAAUUGAUGGUCUUCCUAUUGACGGGAGCGCAGGUUGGAUUAACCAAUAGUUUCGUAAUUCUUGUUCUUGAUACAAUUUUUUUUCUUACAAUUCCCUACAAUUUCCAGGAAAUGAUCCUCGUGGUAAAGAUUGCUAUCCAUUUAGGUGGUAUUGCCUUAACCUUAGCGCAUAUUUUUUCGCCUUCAAUUAUCAGAGUUCUAAUUCAUUUGCCAAGGAAGCACUUUCGUAAAUUCAAUGUGACUUUUUAAUGGUGGAAGAGCUCUUCUCCAAGUCCUAUGUGGCUUUGCUUGAUAACUCGCUUGGUUCGACUGUCACUUCCGUUUUUCAAUCUCAGGUGAGAUUCACAGUUCGUAGUCUUUACGUCGUGCUGGGUCGGUAUCAAGUGGCGUGGCACUUUUGGAGGCAAUUCGGGAUAGGAUCAUUGUUUAUCUUGAUUGUGAUCCGAUAUGACUUUUAAUAAGCGUUCAACUGACGUUCCACAAAACGACAAGCCCAACUUCAAAAAACAUCUAAUUGAAAAUAAACAUAAUUGUUUUAACUCAAGGGAUAUACCUCGGAAUUUGUGGAUUGUUAGUAACAGACCAUUGUAAACAGUUUAGUUAUACGUUGCAAACUGAAUCGAUAAAUAGCACGUGAAUAAUAUUCCGAUUUGUUUUGGUAAGCGCAAGGGACACCGUAGAAAUUGGUAAGACUUAUCAAUUAAUUAAAAGAAAUUGGUAAGACAUGCAGUCCAAUGUCCACCCAUAUUUCUUAAUACUUAAGACUACAAAUUUACUCAAACUUCAAAUAUGACUUGCAUGCACAGAAUAUUUGAAGAUUGCACACCUCAAAAAUGAAUCGACUGAGUUAAUAACCGUCUGUAUACUUAAGCCUUAAAAUAGCCAUUUCACAGAAAUAGUAUACGUGAGUGUUUAACUUUAGCAAUAGUUAAAACUUCAUAAACAACAAUUUCUGCGGUGUUGUUGCGGGCGGGCAACAUUCCUUGGAAUCACCAAUUUUAGCCUAUUCAAAAGUAAUACUUGAAUAAGUUGUUUUUUUUAGUGUAGGUAGCUAUUUUAAAUUUUAUUAUAGGGCGAUUUUAGAAU